AUGACGAGAAAAUGUGUCGUUUGUCAAAAAUUGUAUACUAAGACAUCAGAGAAAUCGUUUCAUUCUUUUCCUAAAAAUGAAGAUCGUAAGUUAUUGUGGUUAAAAGCUUGUAAUUUAAAAUUGUGCUUGCCAUCUUACAAGGUAUGCAAUGAUCAUUUUUUGCCAGAAAAUUAUCUACCCAGUGGGUAUCUCAAAAGUAAUGCUGUUCCAUUCCUAGCAUCUACAAGUACAGAUAUCAAACUUUUGGACUAUCAUAGUACAUCUAGCCUUUGUCCAAGUCCUAUGAAACGGCCAUGUGUUGAACCCAAAGCUUCUACGAGUACAGAUAUUGAACCUUUGAACUAUCAUGGUACUGGUACAUCUAGCUCUUGUUCAAGUCCUAUAAAACGGUCAUAUGUUGAACCCAAAGCUUCUAUGAGUACAGAUAUUGACCAUGAUUAUUUAAGUCAUUGUCAAAGUCCUAUAAAACGCAAGGUGUUAAAUUCCAACUCAAUUGGAGUUUUAUCACCAAGUCAUUUUAGAACUCCGAGAAAGGCAAAGAGACAUUUAAACAUGGUAAAGAACAAAUAUAAGGAAAAGCAAAUUGAAAAUGAAAACCUCAAAAAACGAUUAAAAAGACUAACAGAAAAACUUAAUACUUAUGAUGAUCUUGUUCUGAAAUUACAUCAAAAACAAUUUUUAACUGAGAAUGCAUCUGUCCACUUGCAGGUAAAUUGUUGA